AUGCAAGAGGAGCUGAGCGCCGGGAAGGAAACAUCUCGGAUCAACGACGCAGAGCUCUCGCAGCCGCUCUGCACGGCACUACAGAUUGGUCUAGUGAACUUGUUAGCAGGAUGGGGAGUUCAUCCCUCAGCCGUGGUCGGCCAUUCCAGCGGCGAAAUCGCCGCAGCGUACGCUUCGAAGGCGAUUUCCGCUGAAUCUGCAAUUGCCAUUGCAUAUUACCGCGGAAUGGUGACGAAGACAAAGUCACGCACAGGAGUAAUGGCUGCUGUGGGUCUUGGUCGUAAAGAAAUGGCCGGGGUUCUGGUCGAGGGCGUUGUUAUUGCGUGCGAGAACAGUCCCAAGAGUGUCACUUUGUCUGGUGACGCCGACAAACUUGACGAAGUCAUCAAAAGCUUGAAGCAAGAGCAGCCUGAUGUUUUUUGUCGACUACUGCGCGUCGAGAUGGCGUACCAUUCGCGUGAGUAUUUCUUCGGUAGAGGUUUCCGCGAAGCUUUGCAGACUAAUGGAAAGAUAGAUCAUAUGGCCGAAUUCGGAGAGCAAUAUGAAUCUCUGAUGGAACCACAUGUCCACAGUGAUGCACCCACUGCCAAGUUUCACUCUAGUGUGCAUGGAAAGGUAGUCGCAGACGCUGGUCGGCUAAACGCGGAUUACUGGAGAGCAAACAUGGAGAAGCCUGUCCUCUUCUACACAGCUAUCAACUCCAUCCUCAGCUCCACACAAGGCGAGCCAAACAUUUUCUUAGAAUUAGGACCCCACCCUGCACUUGCGGGGCCACUUCGCCAGAUCUUCCAGGAGAAGCAGCCUACACCCACCCCAACAUAUAUCUCUUCGCUGGCUAGGAACGAGGACCAGGUCCACAGUAUCUUAUCCACAGCUGGACAGUUGUUCCAGCAAGGCCUUGCCGUAGAUUUCAAUGCAAUCAAUGGGCCUGGUAAAGUCUUAUCCAACCUCCCAUCCUACCCGUGGCAGCACGACACUAGCUACUGGAAAGAAUCACGUGUGACCCGGAACUGGAGACUGCGCGCUUACCCUCACCACGAGCUUCUUGGCUCGCGAAUGCUGGAAUCCAGCGAUCUUGAACCGUCUUGGAGGAAUGUGUUGCAUCUGGAUAGUGUGCCAUGGCUGCGCGACCAUAAGAUCGUCGAAGACAUUGUUUUCCCAGCUGCAGGAUACAUAGCCGCCGUUGGCGAAGCUAUCCGUCAAACGACAGGGUCUAAAGACUACAGUAUCAGAAGACUCGUUGUCAAAAGCGCAUUUGUGCUUCAGGAAGGUCAGGCUCCAGAGGUGAUCACCAGUCUGAAGCCCAUAGCGCUCACGGACAGCCUGGAGUCCGAGUGGUUCGACUUCACGAUUGCUUCGUAUGACGGUGCGAAAUGGACGAAACAUUGUACCGGUCAAGCUCGUGGGGGGUCCAGUCAGCCAGAAAUCGUCAGGAAUGUCGUCGUUCAUCCGCGCGCAGUGCAGUCGAGCGUAUGGUACCCAGCUAUGAAGAAGAUAGGCUUGAACUACGGUGCACGCUUCCAGUGCCUGCAAGACAUAACCGCGCACCCUAUACAGCCCGUUGCCAGCGCGAACGUGCAGGAUAAUCUGGAAUGGCACGAAAGCGUCUAUGCCACCCAUCCUACAGUAAUUGACCAGACGCUCCAGCUCUUCACCGUAGCAAUGUCCAACGGCCUGGCGCGCCGGCUCGACAAGCUCGCCAUCCCAGCAGUCAUAGGCGAGUUAUACAUCGGUGAGAGUGGUCCUUCUAUCGACAUGGAAGUGGAAGCCCGCGUGACGCCCAAAGGUGCUAUCCAUGGAUCGGCGUUUGCAGUAUCGAAUGGGAAUCUAGUGCUCUCGCUCACUGAAUCGACAUUUAAUCCACUUGAAACCGAUAGUGCCAGCUCUGAGAAACUAGAUAACCUGGCAGCAGUCCGGUUAGAGUGGAAGCCAGACAUUGACUUUGUGCCUGCCACGGACCUAAUCCGUUCGCGAGGCAACAAAGACGAAGCUAUCCUCUUGGUAGAAAAGGUUGCAGUGCUGUGUAUGAUCGAGACAGCCGCACGUAUCGCAUCGCUCAACAUCGCGUCAGGGCAUCUGCAGAAGUUCCGGUCGUGGCUGGAUAUGGAGGUGACACGCAUGGCUGAUGGCCAAUACGACAUCGUUCCGGAGGCCAAAGCAUGGGUUGCUCUACCAUCGGAGGAGCGUAUUCAGCUUCUAGAACAAGCACUAGUAGAUGCCUCGGCCAAUGAAGACAGUGCACCCGUGGCGUCCGUCAUUCAGAGCAUCCUAGACAACUGUGACGGCAUAUUCCACGAUCGCGUCAGCGGGAUAGAGCUCCUGCUGCCGAAUAACGGGCUUGCGAGCAUCUACACGUUCUACCAAGAUAUGGUCGACUUCUCCGAUUUCUUCGAGCUGCUCGGCCACUCGCAGCCUACUAUGCGAGUCCUUGAAAUAGGUGCUGGUACUGGAGGUACCACGUCGUGGAUCCUAAAAGCGCUUCAAUCGGCUGAAGGAGUCCGGCUGUUCUCAAAAUAUCACUACACCGAUAUCUCUGCUGGGUUUUUCCCUACUGCGAAGGAGAAAUUUAAAGACUUUACUGGUAUUGAAUACUCGGUGCUAGACGUCAGCAAGGACGUGGUUGAGCAAGGCUUCGAGCUUGAGACCUACGAUAUCGUCGUCGCCUCGAACGUUUUGCAUGCCACACCGAGCCUGCAUGGCACGUUGACGAACGUGAAGAAGCUCCUUGCGCCGGGAGGACGUCUGUUUUUGCAAGAGCUGUGUCCAAAUCUAAGGUGGACUAACUAUAUCAUGGGCAUUCUUCCGGGAUGGUGGCUCGGCGAAGCAGACCAUCGCCCUUACGAGCCUUUUGUAUCGCCAUCCCGGUGGGAUGAGGAACUCUGUGCGGCGGGCUUCAGCGGUGUAGACAGUGUUGUGUACGAUAACGCUGAGCCGCUUCAGAUCAAUGCCAACAUGGUGACGAUGGCUGUGCAGACAGAAUUGCAGCCAAAGAAAGAGAUCAGCCUGAUGUACCAUGCUGAGAAGAGCCCUGGUGCUCACGAAGUCGCGAACCACUUCAUCGAACAAGAUUUCGCAGUCACCUGGCAAACGCUCGAUCAAAAACCGGAUGAUGACCAAACGAUCGUUGUCCUAUUGGACCUAGACGGUCCGUUUCUCCACGAUAUGUCCCCCGAGAAAUGGUCCGCCAUCCAGAACUUCUUCUCUCACUGCAGUACCCACUCCAACCAUAUCAUCUGGGUAACGCAGUCCGGCCAGGUCAGUUGCUCAGAUCCAUCUUACGGCUUACUGCCCGGCUUCGCUCGAACUUUACGCUCUGAACUUUCGCUCGACCUCGCCACAUUCGAGAUCGACAAUUUUCGUACGGACGCCUGGAAAGCUCUAGUCGAGCUCUCGAAAGGCUUUCAACACCGGCGAAAGAAGGAGACCCUCAAUCCGGAAUACGAGUAUGCGUUCUUUGAUGGGAAGAUCCACACUAGUAGAUUCCACUGGAUAUCAACUGCAGAGAACGACGUGACUGAGGUAUUGAACCCGGAAGCUAGAUUGGAGAUCGGAAAAUACGGCUUGCUGGGCUCCCUGGCGUGGAAGAUUGUCGAUGAUAAAGAGACGCUUCACAACGAAGAAGUGGAAGUUCAGAUUCGCAGCGUUGGCCUCAACUUCAAGGAUGUCCUCGUUAGCAUGGGCAUCGUAGAUGGUCCAAAAAAUAGGCUAGGCCUCGAAGGUGCCGGCGUGAUCACCAGAACCGCACCAGGUGUUGAUCACCUACGCGUGGGAGAUCGAGUGUUUGUCUGCGACCUCGGAUGCCUAUCUACGAAGAUUGUGACUUCAGCGCAGUUGUGUGCGCGUAUACCUGAUAGUCUGAGUUUCGAGGACGCUGCCACCAUGCCAUGCGUCUACAGUACUGUAAUUCAUUCGCUUGUCAAUGUCGGGGGUCUCGAGAGCGGACAGUUAUACACGACCGUAGGCAGCGAAGAGAAAGUUCAGUAUCUCAUCGAUACUUUCAGGAUUCCACGCAACCGGAUAUUCGACUCCAGAAGCACGUCUUUCCUACCCAAUCUCAUGCGCGAGAGGAAUGGCAGAGGUGUUGACUUAGUUCUGAACUCUUUGUCGGGCGAGCUUCUACAUGCUUCUUGGAAGUGCGUGGCACCAUUCGGCAAAAUGCUUGAGAUUGGGAAGCGCGACUUCAUCGGGCACGCGCAGUUGAACAUGGACAUCUUUGAGGCUAAUCGGUCAUUCUUGGGAAUUGACCUAGCACAAUUGACCCUAGAGAGGCCGCGAGUGUGCCAAAGGCUUCUUGAGCAGUGCCUCGCCUACUACCGGCAAGGUGGGAUUGAACCAGUUCGGCCCGUGAAAGUCUUCGAUGCGGCGCAGGUCGUCGAUGCAUUCAGAUACAUGCAAAAGGGUCAGCAUAUCGGGAAGAUCGUCAUCAACAUGCCCAGAUCUGCGCAGGAACUGCAGGCGCAACCGCAAUAUCAAGAGACGAGAUUCUCUGCAGACACAUCUUAUCUUUUGGUCGGAGGUCUCGGUGGCCUCGGUCGAGCUGUAUCCACAUGGAUGGUUGAGCAAGGAGCCCGCCAUUUGGUGUACCUCUCGAGGUCAGCAGGAUCUACGCCUGAAGACACGGCUUUCUUUAAAGAGCUCGAAGCGCAAGGUUGCAAGGCGAUUGCUAUUUCUGGGAGUGUGUAUUCUGAGGAGGAUGUCAAACGUGCGAUUGCACAGGCUGAGAGACCAAUUGCCGGUGUUAUACAGCUUUCCAUGGUAUUGAAGGAUCAGAACUUCCUCAAGAUGACGCACGAAGAGUGGGAGACGCCGCUCUCUUCUAAGGUGCACGGAACGUGGACCCUGCACAACGCAUUCCAAGAUACGGAACUGGAUUUCUUCCUCCUCUUCAGUUCCCUCUCGGGUAUAGUGGGCCAAUGGGGACAGUCCAACUACGCCGCAGCCAACACGUUCCUCGAUGCCUUCGUCCAAUACCGGCAUAGUCUAGGACUUCCGGCAUCUGUCAUCGACGUAGGGGUAAUGGAGGACGUGGGCUACGUCAGCCAAAAUGCUGCAGUGCUAGAGAUGUUCCGCGCCUACAGCAUGCAUGGACUCAAAGAAUCAGACCUACUUCGUGCCAUUGAAAUCGCCAUCAAGAGGUCGAUGCCGGGUCCACCAACGCAAGGCACAUACUGCAAUGUGGGUCAACUCACCACUGGCCUAGCUUCGGCCAAGUCUAUCAUAGAUCCCAGCAACAGAGCAGUCUGGAAACAUGACGUACGUAUGGCUUUGUACAGGAACCGCGAACCGGAGAAGCAGUCUAGCUUCAGUACCGCUAGCGAAGGCUUGAAAGACUUUCUAGCUUCGGUAGCGUCUACUCCUGCGAUUCUAGACGAGAAAGAGAACGUAGACUUCCUCACGCAGGAGAUUGGGAAGCGGAUAAGAUCGUUCAUGAUCCAGUCGGACGAUCAAGUCGAUAUCAAGAUGUCGCUUUCCGACAUGGGAGUCGAUUCCUUGGUUAGCAUUGAGAUUAGAAAUUGGUGGAGGAUGGGAUUGGGUCUAGAAAUCAGCGUUUUAGAGAUCAUGAGCGCAGGCUCGAUUGAGAGAUUGGGGACGGUAGCAGUGGACGGAUUGCGAGUAAAGUAUGGUCCCAAGGAGGGUCCGCAUCCUGGUUUGGCCAUGAAAGCACCUUGA